AAGCUGGUUACAAUUCCUCCCGCCCCAGUACUUGCUGGCAGGGAUUAAGAGCAGAUAAAAGUGUGCUCACACACUGUAGACACGGCUACCAUGCCAUCCACAGUGUUGCCAUCACUGCUGCCCACAGCAGGAGCUGGCCGGAGCAUGAGGUGGAUUCUGUGCUCGAGCCUCACCCUCUGCCUGAUGGCACAGACGGCCUUUGGUGUCUUGCACACCAAGAGGCCUCAAGUGGUCACCAAAUAUGGAACCCUGCAAGGAAAACAGAUGCAUGUGGGGAAGACACCCAUCCAAGUCUUUUUAGGAGUCCCCUUCUCCAGACCUCCUCUAGGUAUCCUCAGGUUUGCACCUCCAGAACACCCGGAGCCCUGGAAAGGAAUCAGAGAUGCUACCACCUACCCGCCUGGGUGCCUGCAGGAGUCCUGGGGCCAGCUGGCCUCGAUGUACGUCAGCACGCGGGAACGAUACAAGUGGCUGCGCUUCAGCGAGGACUGUCUGUACCUGAACGUGUACGCGCCGGCGCGCGCGCCCGGGGAUCCCCAGCUGCCAGUGAUGGUCUGGUUCCCGGGAGGCGCCUUCAUCGUGGGCGCUGCUUCUUCGUACGAGGGCUCUGACUUGGCCGCCCGCGAGAAAGUGGUGCUGGUGUUUCUGCAGCACAGGCUCGGCAUCUUCGGCUUCCUGAGCACGGACGACAGCCACGCGCGCGGGAACUGGGGGCUGCUGGACCAGAUGGCGGCUCUGCGCUGGGUGCAGGAGAACAUCGCAGCCUUCGGGGGAGACCCAGGAAAUGUGACCCUGUUCGGCCAGUCGGCGGGGGCCAUGAGCAUCUCAGGACUGAUGGUGUCACCCCUAGCCUCGGGUCUCUUCCAUCGGGCCAUUUCCCAGAGUGGCACCGCGUUAUUCAGACUUUUCAUCACUCGUAACCCACUGAAAGUGGCCAAGAAGGUUGCCCACCUGGCUGGAUGCAACCACAACAGCACACAGAUCCUGGUAAACUGCCUGAGGGCACUAUCAGGGGCCAAGGUGAUGCGUGUGUCCAACAAGAUGAGAUUCCUCCAACUGAACUUCCAGAGAGACCCUGAAGAGAUUACCUGGUCCAUGAGCCCUGUGGUGGAUGGUGUGGUGAUCCCAGAUGACCCUUUGGUGCUCCUGACCCAGGGGCAGGUUUCAUCUGUGCCCUACCUUCUAGGUGUCAACAACCUGGAAUUCAAUUGGCUCUUGCCUUAUAUCAUGAAGUUCCCGCUAAACCGGCAGGCGAUGAGAAAGGAAACCAUCACUAAGAUGCUCUGGAGUACCCGCACCCUGUUGAAUAUCACCAAGGAGCAGGUACCACUUGUGGUGGAGGAGUACCUGGACAAUGUCAAUGAGCAUGACUGGAAGAUGCUACGAAACCGUAUGAUGGACAUAGUUCAAGAUGCCACUUUCGUGUACACCACACUGCAGACUGCUCACUACCACCGAGAUGCCGGCCUCCCUGUCUACCUGUAUGAAUUUGAGCACCACGCUCGUGGAAUAAUCGUCAAACCCCGCACUGAUGGGGCAGACCAUGGGGAUGAGAUGUACUUCCUCUUUGGGGGCCCCUUCACCACAGGCCUUUCCAUGGGUAAGGAGAAGGCACUUAGCCUCCGGAUGAUGAAAUACUGGGCCAACUUUGCCCGCACAGGAAACCCCAAUGAUGGGAAUCUGCCCUGCUGGCCACGCUACAACAAGGAUGAAAAGUACCUGCAGCUGGAUUUUACCACAAGAGUGGGCAUGAAGCUCAAGGAGAAGAAGAUGGCUUUUUGGAUGAGUCUGUACCAGUCUCAAAGACCUGAGAAGCAGAGGCAAUUCUAAGGGUGGCUAUGCAGGAAGGAGCCAAAGAGGGGUUUGCCCCCACCACCCAGGCCCUGGGGAGACUAGCCAUGGACAUACCCGGGGACAAGAGUUCUACCCACCCCAAUUUAGAACUGCAGGAGCUCCCUGCUGCCUCCAGGCCAAAGCUAGAGCUUUUGCCUGUUGUGUGGGACCUGCACCGCCCUCUCCAGCCUGACAUCCCAUGAUGCCCCCCUACUUCACUGUUGACAUCCAGUUAGGCCAGGCCCUGUCAACACCACACUGUGCUCAGCUCUCCAGCCUCAGGACAACCUCUUUUUUUCCCUUCUUCAAAUCCUCCCACCCUUCAAUGUCUCCUUGUGGCUCCUUCUUAUGGGAGGUCGACCCAGACGGCCACUGCCCCUGUCACUGCACCCAGCUUGGCAUUUACCAUCCAUCCUGCUCAACCUUGUGCCUGUCUGUUCACAUUGGCCUGGAGGCCUAGGGCAGGGGGUGACAUGGAGCAAACUUUUGGUAGUUUGGGAUCUUCUCUCCCAUCCACACUUAUCUCCCCCAGGGCCACUCCAAAGUCUAUACACAGGGGUGGUCUCUUCAAUAAAGAAGUGUUGAUUAGACCUGAAUUUCUCCACCUAUAAAAUGGGUGUGUGAAGUGAAUGAUGUCUCAAUUUGAGCCCUGAGAGAAAGGAAGUAUUGCUGCCUGUUCCUUAGUGGGCUGUGCCUGGAUGCUACACUCAGUCAAAGGGUGCUACUGCAAAGUUGCCUGGGGUACAAAACACUUGCCUUUUGCCUUCAUGGUCUCAAGUGCACCCCUCAGGACAGCAGGACAGCCACACCCCACGCUCACUUGUCCAUCAGUUUAGGUCUUAGUGCCACAUCUAGAUUCCUCUGGCCUCUCCUGCAGCCCGUGUGUAUCCCAGCCUGUCCCACAGUUUUGUUUCGUUGUUUUGUGGGUUUUUUUUUUUUUUUUUUUUUUUGAGACGGAGUUUUGCUCUUGUCACCCAGGCUGGAGUGCAAUGAUGAAAACUCAGCUCACUGCAGCCUCAGUCUCCCGAGUUCAAGCGAUUCUCCUGCCUCAUCCUCCCAAGUAGCUGAGAUUACAGAUGCCCACCACCAUGCCCGGCUAAUUUUUGUAUUUUUAGUAGAGAUAGAGUUUCAUCAUGUCGGCCAGGCUGGUCUCAAACUCCUGACCUCAGGUAAUCCACCCGUCUCAGCCUGCCGAAGUGCUGGAAUUACAGGCAUGAGCCACCAUGCCUGGCCACUGUGGGCUUUUUGGUGGUAAAAUACACACGACAAAUUUUACCAUUUUAACUAUUUUUGUUUUUUGUUUUGUUUUUUGUGGUUUUUUUUUUUUUUUUUUUGAGACGGAGUCUCGCUCUGUCGCCCAGGCUGGAGUGCAGUGGCGCGUUCUCGGCUCACUGUGAUCUCUGCCUCCCGGGUUCACACCAUUCUCCUGCCUCAGCCUCUUGAAUAGCUGGGACCACAGGCGCCCGCCACAACACCCAGGUAAUUUUUUUUUUUUUUUGUACUUUUAGUAGAGACGGGGUUUCACCAUGUUAGCCAGGACGGUCUCGAUCUCCUGACCUCGUGAUCUGCCCACCUCGGCCUCCCAAAGUGCUGGGAUUACAGGCGUGAGCUACCGCGCCCAGCCCAUUUUAACUAUUUUUAAAUGUACAAUUCAAUAUCAUUAAGUACAUUCACAUCAUUGCACAACCAUCACCACUAUUCUGUCUUUAGAACUUUUUCAUCAUUUAAACUGAAACUCUGUACCCAUUCAACAAUGACUUGCUGUUACCCCCUCUUCCUAGCCCCCGGUAACCCCUAUUCUGCUUUCUGUCUCUAUGAACUUGACUCUUCCAGGUGCCUGAUAUAAGUACAGUAAUGCAGUAUUUGUC